AUGCCAAAUGUGCCAUCCAAAUAUAACAAAUAUGCCAUCACCGUCACCAUCUCCAUCAUCUCCAUCAUCCCCAUCACCCCCAUCAUCCCCAUCAUCCCAAUCAUCUCCAUCAUCUCAAUCAUCUCCAUUAUCCACAUCACCCCCAUCAUCCCCAUCACCCCAUCAUAUCCAUCAUCUACAUCAUCCCCAUCACACCCAUCAUCCUCAUCACACACACAUUCCCCUCAUCCCCAUCAUCAUCAGCCCCAUCAUCCCCAUCACCCCAUCAUCUCCAUCAUCUCCAUCAUCUCCAUCAUCCCCAUCACCCCAAUCAUCCACAUCUCCUCCAUCAUCCCCAUCAUCCCCAUCAUCCCCAUCACCCCCCCCCUUCAUCCCCAUCACCCCCAUCAUUUCCAUCAUCCACAUCACCCCCAUCUUCCCUACACCCCUUUCAUCCCAAUCAUCUCCAUCAUCUCCAUCAUCCCCAUCAUCUCCAUAAUCUCCAUCACCCCCAUCAUCCCCAUCAUCCCAAUCAUCUCCAUCAUUUCCAUCAUCUCCAUUAUCCACAUCACCCCCAUCAUCCCCAUCACCCCAUCAUCUCCAUCAUCUCCAUCACACCCAUCAUCCUCAUCAGACACAUCAUUCCCCUCAUCAUCAACCCCAUCAUCCCCAUCACCCCAAUCAUCCACAUCUCCUCCAUCAUCCCCAUCAUCCCAUCAUCCCCCCAUCAUCCCCACCCCCAUCCAUCCCCCAUCAUCCCAUCACCCCAUCAUCCCAUCAUCCCCAUCAUCCAUCAUCCAUCUCCAUCAUCACCCCAUCCCCCUUCAUCCCCAUCACCCCCCCCAUUCAUCCCCAUCAUCCCAUCAUCAUCCCCAUCACCCCCAUCAUCUCCAUCAUCUCCAUCAUCCCAUCAUCCCCAUCACCACCAUCAUCUCCAUCAUCUCCAUCAUCUCCAUCAUCAUCCCAAUCACACCCAUCAUCUCCCAUCACCCCCUUCACCCCCAUCACCCCCAUCCCCAUCAUCCCCCAUCACCCCCAUCAUCCCCCAUCCCCAUCAUCAUCCCAUCCCCAUCAUCUCCAUCAUCCCCCAUCACCCCCAUCAUCCCCAUCAUCCCCAUCCCCAUCAUCUCCAUCAUCUCCAUCACCCUCAUCAUCCCCAUCCCCCCCAUCAUCAUCCCCAUCAUCCCCCAUCAUCCCAUCAUCUCCAUCAUCUCAUCACCCCCAUCAUCCCCAUCAUCUCCAUCAUCUCCAUCAUUUCCAUCAUCUCCAUUAUCCACAUCACCCCCAUCAUCCCCAUCACCCCAUCAUCUCCAUCAUCUCCAUCAUCUCCAUCACACCCAUCAUCCUCAUCAGACACAUCAUUCCCCUCAUCUACAACCCCAUCAUCCCCAUCACCCCAAUCAUCCACAUCUCCUCCAUCAUCCCCAUCAUCCACAUCACCCCCAUCUUCCCUACACCCCCAUCAUCCCAAUCAUCUCCAUCACACCCAUCAUCUCCUUCACCCCCUUCAUCCCCAUCACCCCCAUCAUCCCCAUCAUCCCUAUCAUCUCCAUCAUCUCCAUCAUCCCCAUCACCACCAUCAUCUCGAUCAUCUCCAUCAUCUCCAUCAUCCCAAUCACACCCAUCAUCUCCUUCACCCCCUUCACGCAGUUCAUCCCAUCACCCCCAUCAUCCCCAUCAUCCCUAUCAUCUCCAUCAUCUCCAUCAUCUCCAUCAUCCCCAUCACCCCCAUCACCCCCAUCAUCCCCAUCAUCUCCAUCAUCCUCCAUCAUCCCCAUCUUCAUCAUCCCCAUCACCCCCAUCAUCCCUAUCAUCAUCUCCAUCAUCUCCAUCAGCCCCUUCAUCCCCAUCACCCCCCAUCAUCCCAUCAUAUCCAUCACCCCAUCAUCCCCAUCAUCUCCAUCAUCAUCAUCAUCCCCAUCAAAUCCAUCAUCUCCAUCAUCUCCAUCACCCCCUUCAUCCCCAUCACCCCCAUCAUCCCCAUCAUAUCCAUCAUCCCCAUGA